AUGGUCAAGUGGGAGAACGACAAAAACGUCUACAUCCUCGGCGCCGCCCUGGAAUACCUAAACCCCAGCAUCGGCAAUGAAGUCGCCGAAGCUGUGAUCGCUGGAUGGCCCGAGAUCUUGGGCGAAACCCCCACCCUCCGCGCCGUCAAAGACCAGAUCAAGAAACUGUCCACCACUUCCUCUUCCACUGGCACCAAAAAGCCCAAAGCCAAGACUGCAGCAAAGAGCAAGGGAAAAGGAAAAGCAAAGCAAGCAAAGAAGAGAACCCGCAACGAUGAAUAUUCUGAGGUAAACGAUGGAGAGGCGAGAGAGGAGGAAGAAGAUGACAAGGAAGACGACGAGCAGGGUCCAGCAAAGAAGCAAAAGGUUGUUGUCAAGCAGGAGGAAGGAGAUGAGGAUGAUGAGGGAGAG